UCAAAUUACAAACACCAUAUUGACUAUGACUUCUCUCUUUUUGAGGGCUCCCUCUUAUAUUAAUUCGGCUGCUACUUCAUUUUCGCAGCCUCCCUAUCAACUCUCUCUCCCCCCCUUCAUUCUCUCUCUCUCUCUCUCUCUCUCUGCCUACAUCUUUUCCACCACAGCACCCCCUACAAAUCCGUUCAGAACCCCCUUCUGGACUUUGCUGACAGUUAGCCUAGGUUUCAACAACUUGCUGUUUUAGGAAACUCUCUUCCUCAUUGCAGGGGUGGUGGGUCUUACUCCAAAUGGGGAGGCACUCUUGUUGUUACAAGCAGAAGCUAAGGAAAGGCCUAUGGUCUCCUGAAGAAGAUGAGAAACUUCUGAGGCAUAUUACCAAGUAUGGCCAUGGCUGCUGGAGCUCUGUCCCAAAGCAAGCAGGUCUGCAAAGGUGUGGGAAGAGCUGCAGAUUGAGGUGGAUUAACUACUUGAGGCCUGAUUUGAAGAGAGGCACAUUCUCCCUACAGGAAGAGAAUCUUAUAAUUGAGCUUCAUUCAGUUCUUGGGAACAGGUGGUCCCAAAUCGCAGCACAGCUGCCUGGACGCACUGACAAUGAAAUAAAGAAUUUGUGGAACUCUUGCUUGAAGAAGAAGCUCAGGCAGAGAGGCAUUGACCCCAACACCCACAAACCCCUCUCUGAGGUUGAAAAUAGAGAAGACAGCAACCCUCCCACCGACAGCCAGGACAAAGCUUCAGGAGUAUCCAGUGAAUUGAACCUCCUCAAGGUAGACAAUUCAAAGCCAGAAGCGGCCUUGCUCGAGCAAAGAUCGUCUUCAAUCGCAACACGAGGCUAUGGAAUGGAAGUGGAAGGUUCUUCCAGCUCCAAGACAAUAAACAGCAACAACAACAAUAACAGCAACAGCAAUUUGAUGUCGCCCACACCCAACAAGGACUUCUUCCUAGAUAGAUUCAUGAUCUCUCACCAGGAAAACUCCACAGGCUGCCAACCAUCAGAUGUGGUGGGGUAUUUGGCCCCUCAGCAAUUGAAUUACCCAUCCAAUGCUAGACUCUCAAUUAACCCAACCCAACCUCUCUGGUUCUCUCAAUCCAGCAAAACAUUAGACAUGAAUUCUGAGUUCAGUUCCAAUGCUGUAUCCUCCGUUCUUUCAUCUGUCACCAGCUCACUUCUCCCUUCACCUAUGCCCUACAAGCCCUCCAUUCCUUUUCACUCUGAUAAUCCUUCAAUUCCCUCUUUCACUCUGAGUGGAUCCCGUUUCUGGGAUGCAGGUGCCUCCACCAACAGUAGCAAUAGCAGCUCUGGCAGCAGUAGCAGCGCCGAGUUGCAGAGUAACAGCUCCUUCUUUGAGAACAGCAUCUUCCCAUGGGGAUUGGCAGAUUGUAGCACGUCAGACAAAGGAGCCCAAAUCCAUAUCAUAGAAAGCGAACCGGAGGAUAUCAAGUGGCCUGAAUAUCUCCAAAAUCCAUUUUUAAUGGCAGCAGCUUUACAAAAUCAAACCCCACAACCUUUAUACAAUGAGAUAAAAUCAGAAACGCACUUCAUAACCGAGACGUCUAGUGCUAUGUGGGCUCACAGCCAGCAGCAGCAAGAACAUCUGCAAGCUCCGGAUAUCCAGAGACUCCCCGCAACCUUUGGACAUAUUUAGCUUAUAUCUUGACAUAUGGAUGUGAAGCCUCUGGUCACUUUUGGGGGGAGGGGGAGGAAUGUAUUGCAAAAUUUUCAUAUGGGAGAGAGGCUGGAUCAAAUGCUGUUUCUCAUUGAAGGUGUGUGUCACAGAUUUUUAAUUUCUCUUGUACAUAGGUCUGAUACAAACAUUUCUCACCUCUGGUUUUGGAAUAUUUGUGAGCAAGACAAUCCCUUUUUUUUUUAGCCUUUUUCUUAUCGAGUGUGGGGUAGAAUUGCAGAAUAAGGCUUGUCUCAGCAUCGGCUGCUCUUUGCCCCAUUGAAUUUACCUUAUAAUCUUGCAGUUCUAUCCAUAAACAAUCAAAAAAAAAAAAAAUCUGUUUUGGA